CUCGUUCGGUUCAGUUCACAUUUGGCUUACUCUGCAUUUUUGGUAUUGCCUCACAUUUGUGGGACAGAAAUUCAUCGAAUAUUUCGCAGGAACUGCCACUAAAUUCGGGCACUUUACACGAAAUGACUUUUACGUAUAAGGAACUUAUAGACGUUGCCAUUGGCUCCCCGGAAUCAGGACACGUUAACUUCUACGCUUUGCAUGUGCUGCUCACGUGCUUUGCCCAGCGAUUGGAGGUCCUGGAUGAGGUUGUCGAGCAGGAAGACUAUAUGGUGGCCAAUGUGCGCUUGCAAAGCAGUUUAUUGACCUUGGGCAACACCUCGAAGUUCCGUCUUUUUGCCGGUGCGGAUGCCGAGGAAGGAGAAGCAGCCGAGCCGGCGGAGGAGCCACCGGCCGAGGCGGCAGAGGCUCCACCUGCGCCAGUCGAAGAGGCUCCUGCAGCGGAUCCAGCACCAGAGCCAGCUCCAGAGCCUGCUCCAGAGCCCGCUCCAGAGCCUGCUCCAGAGGAACCAGCUCCACAGGAGGCAGCCCCGGAGGAAGCAGCUCCUGCGGAGACUGGCGCAGCCACUCCAGAGCCAGUGGCUUCCACCCACGAACCAACUCCAUCCGCAACUCCGGCUCCCGAGGAGCGUCCUCCUUCCGAGCCCGAGGCAGAUGCCUCAAAAGCUCAGAAGGAUGUGCCGGCCGAGGCCAAGGGUGAGGAGAUGGCUCUGCAGGCCUCACGCGUCUCCUCGAGAUCAUCCGCUCGCGAGAAGUCGCAAAGUCAGGAGGGAUCCAUUAGCAAUAAUCUUAUGCGUCUCGAAAGACGUCUCUCCAAGGUUGAACUGCAAAAGGAGCAGACGGCCAUGGAGUUCAAGCAGUUUGUGAGCAAUCUCACCGGCCAGCUGAAGAUCACCAUGGAGCAGGUGAACAAUAUGACCCACUUGCUGAUCGAUCGCAAGCCGAAUCCGCAGAGGUUCAAGAUACUCCGUCACAUAGCCAAGCAGUUGAGAGUGCUGAUGUUGACAACUGGUGAUGAGGUUUCUAUGAGUUGGUCCAGUGGAGACUUGGUGGGCGGUCAGGAAGAGGAGGGCCUGUCGGAGGAGGAGGUCCCGGAGGAGUCGAGUGCGCCCACGGAGGUGGAGAAGCCCGAGGAAGAGGAGGAACUGGACUUGGAACAGCCCCUUUGCUAUUCGCCAGAGAAAAUGCUUACUGAGCUCCUAGACCUCAAGUCGCAAUUCUGUGCGCUGACCAACAAGGUCAAUGAACUCGCUGCAGCCUUGCUGAAACAGGACUCCCAGAGACUGAUGGACCAGAUGAAGGAUCUAUCGGAAACAGUGCGGGAUAUCAAGCUCUACAUGUCCAGCAACAAGGAGGUUACCAAUGGCAUGAUGAUUCGCCUCAAUGACUGCGUGUACCAGAUACAGGUCCUGAAGAAAUCGGCUUCCCAUUUGGAUGAGGUGAAGAUUGACAAGACGGAGGUGGAGCUUUUGUUGGCCGAGAAGGUGGACUUCCAGCAGCUGGCCACAAAGGUGUCCUUGGAGCAGCUGGAGGAGUACAAGGCCCGGCUGGAGCAGAUGUUCUGCGAGGUGCGCCACAUAGUGAGCUUGAAUGAGAAGAACGUCCUGCAGAUCAUCGACAAUCUGCGAAUGACACUGGGCAUCGAUUCCUUGGAGCUGAGUCUCAAGGACUUCCGGGAGACGAUCGAGCGGCGGGUGCAGCUCAUAGCCGAGGCACUGCAGAAGUACAUGGAGAUGACCAACGACGAUUGUGCCGCAGCUGCCGGAAGGGUCAAGGUCAUGCAGGAUCUGGCCUGUUUGGCCUGCGACACCACCUGCGUAAUGCGAACUGUGGAGCGAUCCAAGGUGCCCUCGCUGCCCAAUGCCAAGGGCUCCACCGGCCUGGGUCCCAUUGUCACCUACGAGCUGGGCCAGAUCCGCAAGUCGGGCAUCAUGGGUUACUACCGCAAGGACGAGUUCCCACACUCCACCAGUGCCUGGAGCAAGGGAACCGCCGGUGUUCCCAUGGUCAAGUGCACUCCGCGUCACGCGGGCGGAAGUCACACCACCCACACCGCGGAUGAGCACAUGCAGAAGGUCAUUCUCUCCAAGAAGAACACCGGAUGGACAUAGGAUAGACUGCUUCCAAGUUAUUUUUGCUAACUGGACAAAAUUAUGGAGAUUACUGUGUUAAAGAAGCUGUAUAGAUUUCUGUACGUUAUAAAAUAUUCAGGUAUACAAGUAAAAUACAAAUUGGCUUUCUGAACUACAAAUACUUAUGACAAUAACAGGCUA